UCGUGCUUCGACUCAAGAAAAACUAUGUAUUUAAAAAAGAAUCAUCCCCAAAACAUUUUGAAAAAAGAGGGAAACCUCUGCGUGCUCGUCUGAACCCGGCCGUAAUGGCGCCGGACUCAAAAUCAGCACCCCUACAACACCAGGAAGAAGAAGAACCACAACCGGAAGACCUCGACACACUUUCACACAACCCUUCUGCUCCGCCUGAUGAGUUAUUCGACAUCUCAACGACAGUAGAUCCGAGUUAUGUGAUCUCUCUGAUACGGAAACUUCUACCAGCUAAUGCCAGUAAUCAUCACAACUCUCGCGGUGAGGUUUCCUGUGGUCCCGUGCAAGGAUUAGAUGUUGAUGACAUGGAAAAAAGUGCUCUAACUCGCUCUGGUGUUCCACCCCCAUCAACGGACACAUCUGAGAGCAUGGAAAUUAAUGACGAUUUUAAUGAAAAUGCUACCCAUGAAGGAGAAGGUGAAGCUGAACAGCCUGGUCAUAGUGUGCCGGUGGGAGAAGACGCUUGGGAAGAGUACGGUUGCAUAUUAUGGGAUCUUUCUGCAAGUAAAACUCAUGCAGAACUCAUGAACAUAAACGUAUCUGUGCAGGUGCAGAACCUUGUACUUGAAGUGCUGUUAGCAAACCUUAUGGUUUCACAAUCCGUUCGUACUACGGAAAUUGGUCUCGGAAUCAUCGGAAACCUUGCCUGUCACGAAGUUCCCAUGAAACAUAUAGUCUCUACUAAUGGAUUAAUUGAAUUCAUUGUGGAUCAGAUGUUUCUGGAUGAUGCUCAAUGCUUAUGUGAAGUCUGCAGACUGUUAACUGUGGGUCUUCAAAGUAGUGAAGGUGUUACUUGGGCUGAGGCAUUGCAGUCAGAACAUUAUCUGACUCACAUUUUAUGGAUUGCAGAAAAUAGCUUGAACACACACCUUAUAGAAAAGAGUGCUGAACUAUUGUUAGCGAUCAUCGAAAGUUCGCAGGAUGUUGCGCAUAUUCUCUUACCACCAUUGAUGAAGCUGGGCUUAGCAAGUCUAUUAAUAAAUCUCUUGGAUAUUGAAACAAGCAAAUUAAUGAGUGAAAGAGCUCCUGAAAGGUACCCAAUUCUUGAUGUAGUUCUUCGUGCCAUUGAAGCUCUUUCUGUUAUUGAUGGUCAUUCCCAGGACAUCUGUUUAGACAAGGAUCUCUUUCAGCUGGUUUGUGCCUUGCUUAAGUUCCCUGAUAAAGUUGAGGUUGCAAACUCUUGUGUUACAGCUGUAGUUCUAGUUGCAAAUAUUCUUUCAGACGUACCUACUCUAGCUUCAGAGUUAUCACAUGAUAUGCUCUUCUUACAGGGUCUGCUUGAUGUGUUUCCUUUUACCGCGGAUGACUCAGAAGCAAGGAGUGCACUGUGGAACAUCAUUGCAAGGUUACUGGUUCGAGUUCCAGAAAAUGAAAUGAGCUCAUCAACUCUCCAGAAGUACGUUUUGGUUCUAGUUAGCAAAUCUGAUGUGAUUGAAGAUGAUCUUCUUGACUGCCAGUUAGGUGGCUUAGGAUUAAAGGCUAGAACUACAGCUCUCAGAAGGAUCAUCAGUAUUUUAAACCAGUGGACUGCUUCAAAAGAUUAUGCCAAGGAGAAUGAAAAUAAUAUAAACAUCGAUAGAUUGUUGGAUUGCUGCCGCAAACAUUCUGAAGAUGUACCAUCUACAGUUUCUCAUGACAUGGACCUCAAAGAAUAGAUGAUAGCAGGGAGAUGUUUUGCUUAAAAUAUCAGAAACCCAUUUCUUUUGACGCCAGCAAAUAAAGGAAUACAAAUUGCGAGAGCAAUGACCAUGAAAGAAGUGGUGAGAACAACAUUGCCAGAGAGCGUAACUGCACCUCAAACGCCAAAGGAUCUUUUGAUUUCAUAUUUUCUACUUUUCUGAAGCAAGGAAAGGUGAGACAAUUUCUCAUGGCAUGAUAGGAGGUACCUGUAUCUGAUGUUGUAUACCAGCCAUAUUAGGGAACGAAGUAAUCGAAGCUAGGCAGAGUGAUAUUAUUGUAGGUGUUAUGGUGUAUGCAAACCGUAACUAAACAUACAUGUAUGCAUGCUGUUUCCUUGCAUCACCACUGAGGCACUGAUAGGAGAUGAUCAUGUGAAGGGAUGAAUGAAUCCUAGUAAACAUUUAUAUAUUAUGCUGUUUUCCUUUGA